AUGGCGUCCCAACUUCGGCCAUUCCGAGUACCGGAGAGGUCUCGUGGUGACGAUAAUCUUGCCCUGGUUCACGUCAAUACACAGAAUACAACACCCGCUGCCGCCACAACCCAGCCUCGGAGGAAGAGAGCUAGCAAGCCCAAGGUACGAACGGGCUGCACAACCUGCAAAAUCCGUAGAGUCAAGUGCGACGAGAUAAAGCCGAGUUGCAAUCGAUGUACCUCUACCGGGCGUAAGUGUGACGGGUACGAGUACACCAGAGACCAGCCUUCCUCUUCGACGGCAUUGACAGUGCCUUGUCCUCCCAGGGCCCCGGCAACUCAAUCCCAACUCUUCCUCCCCUCCUCCCUAUCUGUAACCUUUCCUGGCAAUGCCAAGGAACGCCGCAUCUUCCAUUAUUUCCAAGUUCGUACUGUCCCGGCAUUUGCAGGAUCUUCUGAACUUGACUUUUGGAAUAAUCUGGUCCUAAAAGUGGGCCAGCAGGAGCCUGUGGUGCAUAAUGCCAUUGUGGCGCUUAGCACACUGCAUGAGGAUUACCAAAAUCGCAAUGGCAGAUUCAGCCAGGACAUGAACACUGACCCGUCCUAUCGAGAAGCACUGGUCCUCUAUGGGAAAGCCUUGCGCCAAUUGAAUGACCGGCUUGGCAAAGAGGACCGGAUGAGUGCCGAACUUGCCCUUAUAUCAAGCAUCCUCUUCACCUGCUUUGAAGUUCUGCGACGGAAUAACAUGUCAGCGGUCAUCCACUACUCGGCCGGAAUGAAAGAACUUGCUCGACAGAUCAAGAAGUCUCGCGAAGACGAAGCGGCAUCAUCCCAGUCUCUGUCAGCGAUACCUGAGUUCCAACCAAUCCCUCAAAGUGAACUUGACGUUCUCUUUCGAGUCUUCGCCCGCUACGACAUUCAAGCAUGUACCUUUUCCAAACCUCGAGCCGAAGCCCUGUCCCUUCAUCUGUCCUCGCAACCACCACCUUUCAUGAACCUCACGGAAGUCAAGAUACAUCUCGAUAAUCUCCUUAUCUCUGUCUACCAACUCAUCAAAUCCGACUUGCCCAAGUAUCGCUAUUGGGACGCUUCCAGUGUGCCACCUGAAUGGCUCGUCCGUCACAAUGAAGCUAUUUACACGUUCGAAGCCUGGCUCACGUCCAUCGAAUCCUUCCUUCAGGAUCCCAGUCCCAAUCUCAACCCGGCCGCCCCCACCACCAACACAUCUCUCAUCCUCCCACCCCACGAGGCCAAAACACUCUUAGGCCUGCGCAUGCAAGUGAAAGUCGCCCUCAUCAUCCUGAAAACCAGCAUUGCCUCCCCUACAGAAACAGCCUUCGAUGGCUUCCUGCCGGACUUCGUCGAAAUCGUAACCCGCAUCGAGGAUCUCGCUGAUUCCUUGUCCUUGCCUGAAGCGGCACCGCUAGACAACGAAUCCACUGCCUUCACCAUGGAAUUGGGUAUUAUACAUCCGCUGUUCAUUGUCGCGACGAAGUGUCGGGAUCAGGUGGUGAGGAGGCGGGCAAUCAAGGCGUUGAAGCGCGCAGGCAGGGAGGGUGUAUGGGAGGGCCCCGUGGCUGCAGUUGUGGCGGAGUGGGUGAUGGGCACCGAGGAGGCGGGUUUACAGGGGUCCGAAGGGGAGGUGGUGCCGGAGAGGACGAGGAUCCACGACAUCAGGAAGGAUGUGGAUUAUGAGGGAAGGAGGGUGCUGGUAGAAGCUAAAAGGUCAAUGGAUCAGAGCGGAUGGAAGGUCUGGGAGACGAUUAGGGAGAGUGUACCGUUUUGA